AUCCUCCACCACUGAUAAAACAGUUAUCACUGAGUACUCUAAGGGUACUAACCAAUAGCAUUCAUUCAUUCAUUCAGUGCAUAAGACCCUGUCCCUAGGUUGUUUUGUUCACACUGUGAUGACUAGCAACCUGUCCUGGUUCCAGCACUAAACCCUUUCUUGGCAGAGGUAAUAAAACAGAAAUUGGCCACUGAAGCAGACUACACAUCACAGUUCACCACUGGAAGACAGGAGCAAGGUGGUGCACUAAAGGAGUGGCAAAGAAAGAGAGACUCUCUCAUAAAAGCAAGGCUGUAAUCUGUAUGGUAGAAGAUUAUAACGUACCACAGCAGUGUAACUGUCUGACUGAAAAAGCUGAACAACACUAGGGACAUGGGGUUCUGGUUUAUCUUCCCCAUCUCCGUUUCUCUGGUGUCCUUCACUGGAACAUGGGCUGUAUAUGGCCUGGCCUUCUCCAACAACCACGUGUGUUCCCUCAGUGACUGGACGGGUGUCAACUACUGCAGAGGGAACUAUUCAGUUGGAUGUUGCCUUGCUCCCACUAUAAGCUCAAGUGGAACCUAUGAACCUGAAAAUUCACUUUUUUCAGCCACAAUCAACGCUGGAUCUUUUCUGUUUCUGCUGUUCUGUGUGUUCCACCAUGCACACAUUAUAGAGAAACACACAUGUCAUUUGCUCCGGAGCAAGUCUGCACUGAUCUUUGGCUUGCUAGCCACCAUUGGGGCGUUUGCAGCUGGAAACUGCAAUCCAGGUGACCUAAUUAUCUUGCACUACCUUGGAGCUGGUGUCAGUUUCGUGUGCAUCUGCUUCUACACCUGCCUGCUCACUUCGCUGACUGGGUAUUGUGUGCUGACAGGAUACGAGAGGGUCCUCUACCCACUACGCAUCACCUUAACUGUAACUCAAACCAUUGCCACCCUCUGCUAUACAGUUUUGUUUCCCCAGAAUGAGUAUUUUUACGUUCACCUGUCAGCUAUAUUUGAGUGGAUCCUUAGCAUCAACCUGGAACUGUUUGAGCUCAGCUACACCGUGGAGUUUUGCUUCUUCUCGUCCUUCAUGAUUUCCAAUCUGCUGGACAAACGAGAGGAAGAAAAGCCUUUGAUGAUGCUGGUGCCCUGAUAUGAAGCUGUCGGGGUCCAGCUGAAGAAUAUGAGCAGAGGAUAAACUGAAUAAGAAAAGACAAUGGCUGGAGGACCAACAGUUUCUUAGAUCAAUGUGCAAUGAUGUCUUUAUAUAGAUUUAUGGAUUAUGACCACCUUUUCCUCCCCCUUUCUUUAUUUAUUUAAACAAACUAGCUGCGACAGAACAAGUAUACAAUAACAUUUUGAUACCUAAUGAACAACUGACAAUGCCUAAGCUAAUAAGCACCAUAAACCAUGAAGAUCUACAUAAAUAUUUGUUUAAUAAUAAUGUUCUUUAAUUGAUCUAAGUACUUGAAUACAGCUUUGGCACUUUAAUAAAAUCACAACCACAUACAUUGAUUAAGAUUAAUGCUUUGUCAGGAGGGUGGGGGACAUUGUAAUACAUCCAUACACAAAGUACAUUUUAGGCCUUUGUAACUAUCCUGUUUGACGUGAUCAGUAACACUGACUGACAGUCAGAAAUAUGGGUUAUACAGUUCAUUCAACGUAGAAACAAUGAAGCCAACGCCCCAACAGGCUUAAUAUAAAAGCAGUAAAUCCAUUGUUGUCACUCGUGCAGUGUCGUGGGUGUUGUCUGAAUGCUUUCCAUUACAUGGUUUUCAGGCGUGGUCUGUGUAUUUCUGUGUAUCUGGUUGUCAUAGGACAGACUAGAGUGAUUUCUAAAUGUAAUGCAUUUUUGUAAAGUAGCUUCAAGGCCCUACAACAUUUUGUUUCUUGAGAAACAGUCCUACAUAAAUACAGUAUUUUCUGCCAAAGUUAAGAGCAGCUUCACUAGAGACAUUUCUGGUUGUCCUUGUUUUUCUUCUCACUGGUUUUAAGUGGACAAAGCAUAGUUGGGAAAAGUGAUAUUAUGUGCUUAUCCAUUUAGCAAAUACUUUAAUCCACAGUCCUGAAAAGGCAAAUUAGCUGACAUUAAGAAGGGUGUUUUUAUUGUUAUUUAGUCUUUAAUAUUGAAUGAAUGUCACUUUCGGCUUUUGCCCAUUU